UCCAGGGUUGAAGCAGUUUACAAUUUGUAGUUAGCUGGCUAAGUAAUGCUUUGAAGUAGCAUUUGGACAAGAAGUUGUUUCAAUGGAGACUUAAUUUGAACUAGACUGUCACUAGUUCUCUCCCAUGGAACUGUCGGCGGUAAAAGAAGCUAACUAACAGUUAAUAUUUGAACAGCUUGAUUACCUUAGUAGUUUCGAAACACAAACGGUCCAAACCACCAAACACAGUAAAAAAGGAAAACAAGCAAAAGAAAAAAAAUGGCGACACCCACGUUCUAUCAUCGUCACCAACCUCAUCAACUAUCUCUUUCUCUUUCUAUUGCUCACUUCAAGCUUAAACAAAGAACCCUCCAUUUCCCCUUCAAUUCCAUGACAACAAACAAGAAGAACAAAACGACGACGAGGACUACAAGAACAACAAAGACCUGCCAUGCAAAUCCUCAAAACCACCAUGUUUCUCCUUCUUCUCCUCCUCAUUUCAGCCAUUUCUGCAUCUGGGUUCGGAUCAAUGGGCCCCAUCUCCGCCGCAUUCGGCGAGGACGGCUUCUUCUGUGCCAUUGAUGCUAGCGGCAAGCAGGAAGUUAUAUGUUGGAGCAAAAACAGCAGCUCUGCUUCUUCUUCUUCUUCUGCUACUUCAUCUACUUCAUCUUCACUAUCUUCCUCAGACUUUGCUUCUCAAGUUCCUCAAAUGGAAGCUCUCUCAGGCGGUGAAGGUUUCCUUUGUGGCAUCUUGGCAAAUACUUCUCAAGUUUUUUGCUGGAGCUUAAUGGGGUCAGGUACAGAUCUUGUUCCUUCAAAUUAUAAAACCAGGGCUUAUUCUUAUAUUGCUGCUGGAAAGAAUCAUGUUUGUGGAAUUAGAGGGGCUUAUUAUUCUGAUCAUGAAUCCGGUAUCGUUGAUUGUUGGGAAAUUGUAAGGAGUUCUAAUAAUACUUUAAGCUCAAAACAGAGUAGUCUGUUUUAUGAUCAGAGUGUUAGUAAUCUUGUUUUUAAAAAGAUUAUUUCUGGUGAAGGGUUUAGCUGUGGUGGGAUUAGAGACGGAGGGCUUGUUUGUUGGGGACCAAAUGCGGAAUUUUUAGGGGUUUCGAAUGUUUCGGAGAGUUUUUUAGCUUUAGCUUCUGCAAAAGGUUCUAUUUGUGGCAUCCUGGAUUCAUCUGGUGAGCUGAAAUGCUGGGGUAAUUCUCAUUCUUUUUCCAAUCCUCCUGUUGGUAUCCGUUUCGUGUCGUUGACAGCCGGUGCUCAUCAUUUUUGCGGGAUUCGAGAGGAUAACCAUGGGGUGGAAUGUUGGGGCAGUUUCAAUUUUUCUUCUGUUCCAAGGGGUUCUGGUUUUAUGGCAUUUGCUUCAUCUGACUACACUACGUGUGGCAUUAGGGAAGAUGAUCUGGUUUUGGAUUGUUGGUCCGGAAAUGCCUCCUUGCCACCUGAUUAUAAUCCUCCGCUGGAAUUGUGCAGCCCUGGUCUUUGUCAACCUGCUUCCUGCGGUGAAGCGGAGUUUGCUUUUAAUGCAAGUAUUCUAAAUGAGCCAGAUUUGACUAGCUUGUGUGUUAGGAAAGAUUUACAGAUUUGUUCAUUUUGUGGAUCAAAUUGCUCUGAAGGCUUCUUCUUGUCUAGUUCAUGCACUAGGAAUGCUGAUAGAAUAUGCACAGCUUGCUCUCUUUGCCAAAACAGUUCUUGUCGUGAUGUAUGUGGGCUCCAAUCAUCUCUGGAGAAGCACUGGCAUCACUUGCUUAGGCUAGUGAUUAUAAUUGGUUCUUGUGCUUCAGGUUUUCUGCUGGUAUUACUUAGCUGGUGUUUCUUUCCACGUGUAUUUACUACUAAAAGGGAAGAAGGGACAAAAAAACAGUUUAAGUCUUGCAUAGGCAAACCAGAGUUGGAUGCUGAUACUACUGCUGAUUCAUUCCCUCCACUUUCUAUCACUCCUUUUCCCGGGACAGCUCAAAUUUUCAGACUUUCAGAGUUGAAAGAUGCCACUAAUGGGUUCAAGGAGUUCAAUGAGCUUGGUAGAGGAAGUUAUGGUUUUGUUUACAAGGCCGUGCUAGCAGAUGGGAGGCAAGUUGCUGUCAAGAGGGCAAAUGCUGCCACAAUAAUCCACGGUAACAAUCGUGAUUUUGAGAUGGAACUUGAAAUCCUUUGCAAUGUGAGACAUUGCAAUAUUGUGAAUUUGAUAGGUUACUGUUCAGAGAUGGGGGAGAGGCUGCUUGUUUAUGAAUAUAUGCCCCAUGGUACACUGCAUGACCACCUUCAUGGAGGGCUUUGUCCUCUGAGUUGGAGCCUUCGUUUGAAGAUUGCGUUGCAGACUGCAAGGGGACUUGAGUACCUUCACAAGGAAGUUGUGCCUCCAAUUGUCCACCGGCAUGUCAAGACUUCAAACAUUCUUUUGGAUUCAGAGUGGGGAGCACGAAUUGCAGAUUUUGGACUUCUUACAUCAAUUGAGAGGGAUCUUGAUCUUAGUGGAGACAUGAAGAGUGAUGUCUACAGCUUUGGGAUUGUGUUAUUGGAGAUUCUCAGUGGAAGGAAAGCUUUUGACAGAGAUUAUACACCUCCAAGUAUAAUUGACUGGGCACUGCCCUUAAUUAAACAGGGUAAAGCAGCUGCCAUAAUUGAUCGUUUUGUCACUCUUCCAAGGAAUGUUGAGCCUUUGCUUAAAUUGGCUGAUGUAGCUGAGUUGGCUGUCAGAGAAGAUCCUAGUGAGCGUCCUACUAUGUCAGAUUCGGUAAAUUUGUUGCAGCAAAUUGUGAAGGAUGGACUGGUCUUUUGAUCUUCAAUUUGACUCCCCAAGUUUUGAGCAAAUCCUAUGAACAGAUUAGCAAAACACUUGUGACAGCUUGUUAAUUGAGUAUAGCUAUUUUGGCAACUGUAAAUUUAUAAUCAACUUCUUGUAAAUGAGAAUGAGAUGCAAUGCAUUACUUAAUAUCCACGAAGUGAAUAAGGUUCAUUUUUUUUCAACUCUA